UCGGUCUCUUUUCCACCACAACAGAAAGGGAAUACUAGAAAGAAUAAAAUGUCUAUUAACGGUGUCGCCAACGGGAAUGGUAAUCAUUACAAGGAAUUAAAUGACCAUUAUGCAGAAGAAUGCAGCCAAGAUGAUAUUGGGACAUUUCUAUUCACAUCCGAAUCUGUGGGAGAGGGACAUCCUGAUAAGAUCUGUGACCAAAUUAGUGAUGCAAUUUUAGAUGCACACUUGAGACAGGACCCAAGUGCCAUGGUUGCAUGUGAGACUGUGACAAAAACAGGCAUGGUAUUGGUUGCUGGGGAGAUUUCAUCUAAAGCAAAUGUUGAUUAUCAGAAAGUCAUCCGUGAAACGAUCAAACAAAUUGGAUAUGAUGACUCCUCUAAAGGUUUUGACUACAAAACUUGCAAUGUUUUGAUUGCGCUGGAGGAACAGAGCCCUGAUAUUGCACAGGGUGUGCAUGAAAAAAGUGGCAAAGAUUCUGAUGAUAUCGGUGCAGGUGACCAGGGAUUGAUGUUUGGAUAUGCCACAGAUGAGACAGAAGAGUGUAUGCCUCUUACUGUAGUCCUCUCUCAUCAGCUAAAUGCUAAAAUUGCAGAACUGAGACGUAAUGGAGUGCUACCUUGGGCUAGACCAGAUUCAAAGACACAGGUUACAGUAGAAUACAAGUACGUAAAUGGAGCAGCUGUUCCACAGCGAGUACACACAGUCGUAAUCUCAGUGCAGCAUGAUGAAAAUGUUACUCUAGAACAACUGAGGAAAGAUUUAAAGGAAAAGGUCAUCUCUGCUGUUAUCCCCUCAAAAUACAUAGACGACAGUACAGUUUAUCAUUUGCAGCCCUCUGGCAAAUUCAUUAUUGGAGGACCACAGGGUGAUGCAGGUCUAACUGGACGAAAGAUUAUUGUUGAUACCUAUGGAGGAUGGGGUGCUCAUGGUGGUGGUGCAUUUUCUGGUAAAGAUUUCUCUAAAGUUGACAGAUCUGCUGCUUAUGCCUGCCGUUGGGUGGCAAAGUCUUUGGUCAAGGCUGGUCUAUGUAAAAGAGUGCUGGUCCAGGUCUCGUAUGCCAUUGGAAUUGCUGAGCCAUUGUCUAUAACCGUGUUCAGCUAUGGCACAUCAAAGAAAUCAGAGAAACAACUGCUUGAAAUUGUAAAGAACAAUUUUGACCUUCGACCUGGCAGAAUUGUCAAGGAACUGGACCUCCGCAAGCCCAUUUAUCAGAACACAGCUUGUUAUGGACAUUUUGGUAGAAAUGACUUCACCUGGGAGCAGCCUAAGAAACUGAUCUUUUAAUUUGAUUAUGUGCAUUCUCAUCUCAUUUCAUUUGUUGUGGGUUUUUAAAUUAAGCUUUUGAAAAUAUGCUACGGUAAUUUACUACAUACCUUUGUUGCACACAAUUUUGAGAGUUGGCAUACAAAGUGUGUAAUAAAUCACCUAGUGUCUAUGUACAAAUUUUCACAAGCCAUUUAUAAGCAGGCAUAAUUGUUAAACAUAAUUAUGAGAGCAAGCAUUCCUGUUGUUGAAUCAAAAGUUAAGAUGUGCAAAUGAAUGGAUGGAUGCGUGGUCACUGUAAGCUGUAACUGCCAUGUUUGUGUUCUUUUAUAAUGAAAACAUUUGAAUUAUGUAGGUGGACUUGGGAUUUCGGGGCUUUUAGCCCUGUAGGCCACAGUAAUUAGAAGGAUAGGCUGACGUGGACGACAUGCUGUUUGUUUUUGUAAAUCAAUGUAGUUGUGUUGCCUGGGGUAUCAACACAAUUUUACAGUUUCAAAAUCGCUUUGACUCAAAUUCUAAUUAUGUAUUUUGGCAUGGUUGUCUGCCUUGGCUUUGUUGCUGCCCUCUAGUUAUUGCAAAUGUGCAUUCAUUUUUUUUUUUUUUGUGACCCUGCGCACAUUUGUCUUGUGUUUAUGAAAAUUCAUGGAAAAGAGCACUAUUUAUAAACACUCGGGCCUACAUCCCAAUGACUCUACAUUUUUUAAAAAGUGGGUUUUUUUUAACUAUGUAUUAUUAAUACGUUUAUUUUGGGUGCAUAUUUUCAUGUUCGUUUUUCUACUAAUAUUUUUAGAACUUUUUGUCAUUAUCAAUAGUUAGACUGUAACUUGCCCAUCACAUGCUAAACCAUGUUAUUGUUAAGCCUAAUUUCAUUGUGCACAUCAGUUCAUACAUUUUUUUCAACAAUUUUAUUUAAGUUAUGGUUUAAUGCCAUAGCUAUACUAGCCAGCACUCUGAGGGCAAUUUUUAUCAAGUUAAUUGUGUAUACACUUUUUAUCUGACUAAAUGAGAUUAUCUAAAUAAAAUGAAAUUGACCA